AGGACAUGAACUUGAUUGACAUCCUUUGGAGGCAAGAUAUAGACCUUGGGGCAAGGCGUGAAGUGUUUGAUUUUAAUCAACGACAGAAGGAGUAUGAACUCGAGAAACAGAAGAAACUUGAAAAGGAAAGACAAGAGCAGCUCCAAAAAGAGCAGGAGAAGGCCUUGCUGGCUCAGCUGGAGUUAGAUGAAGAGACAGGUGAAUUUGUUCCAGUUCAGCCAGCUCAGCACAUUCAGUCAGAAAAUACUGAGCCACCAAUUGGUUUUUCACAGACCACACAGACUUCAAAACCAGAAGCAGAGGCCUUGUCCUUUGAUGACUGCAUGCAGCUCUUGGCAGAAGCGUUCCCAUUUAUAGACGACAAUGAGGCUUCUUCAGCUGCAUUUCAGUCACUGGUUCCAGCUCAGAUUGAUAGCAACCCAGUCUUCAUUUCCUCUGAUCAGACUCAGCCACCUGAAUCACCCCUUUUAAUUCCACUUGCUGAUACAGAGAAUAUGCAGAACAUAGAGCAAGUUUGGGAAGAAUUAUUGUCCCUUCCAGAGUUACAGUAUCUUAACAUUGAAAACGAUAACCUGGCUGAGGUAAGCACAAUCACAAGCCCUGAAACCAAGCCAACAGAGAUGCACAACAGCUGUAAUUACUACAGCUUGUUACCCAACAUGAGAAAAGAUGUUAACUGCAGUCCAGAUUUCAUGGAUAGUAUUGACGGCCCCUUUUCCAGCAUUUUGCCACCAGAAGACACCAGCCAGCCGAGUGUGAACUCUAUAAAUGACACAUCCCCUUCAAACUCCGAUUUCUGUGAGGAUUUCUACACCACCUUUAUUGAUACAAAGGCGAACGGUGUCACGGCAACGACAAACACUAUCAGCCAGUCACUCGCAGAAAUUCUAAGCGAACCUAUUGAUCUUUCUGAUUUCUCACUGUGUAAAGCUUUCAACGGCAGCCACUCAGGAACUGCACCAGAAUGUAAUGACUCUGAUUCUGGUAUUUCACUGAAUGCGAGUUCUAGUGUAGCAUCACCUGAACACUCUGUUGAGUCAUCUGCCUGUGGAGAUAAGACUUUUGGUUGUAGUGAUUCUGAAAUGGAGGACAUGGAUAGUACUCCUGGAAAUGUGCCGCAGAGUGAUGUUAGCGCGUACCCACUGCAGUUCCAGGACCCAGUAUUUCCCUCCGUGGGGCCAAGCACUCAAACACCUAGUUUGGCGUGUACAAACACACCAAAGAAAGAACCCCCUGCCAGUCCGGGCCACCCCAAAGCUCCAUUCACAAAAGAUAAGCCUUCAAGCCGCCUUGAGGCUCAUCUCACAACAGAUGAGCAAAGAGCAAAAGCUCUGCAGAUCCCUUUUCCUGUUGAAAAAAUCAUCAAUCUCCCCGUCGAUGACUUUCAUGAAAUGAUGUCUAAGGAGCAGUUCAAUGAAGCCCAGCUUGCGCUUAUUCGAGAUAUACGCAGGAGAGGCAAGAACAAAGUGGCUGCUCAAAAUUGCCGUAAAAGAAAACUGGAAAAUAUAGUGGAACUGAAGCAAGACUUGAGUAACCUAAAAGAUGAGAAAGAGAAAUUGCUUAAAGAAAAAGGAGAGCAUGACAAAAGCCUUCGUCAAAUGAAACAGCAACUAACCACCUUAUACCUUGAGGUCUUCAGCAUGCUACGUGAUGAAGAUGGAAAGUCUUACUCCCCUAGUGAGUACUCACUGCAGCAAACUAGAGAUGGCAACGUCUUCCUUGUUCCUAAAAGCAAGAAGUCAGAGACUAAACUUUGAAGGGCAGCACAGCUGGCUACUGUUCUCCGAGUCACUAUUUUUGUAUCAUUAUCCUGAUAGUUUUUACUGUGAGGUGGAAUGCAGAAUUAGGUAAUAUUUUUCAAGUAAUUCUAUGCAAUGAUAAUUUUAAAGUUAAUAAUUAGUUUGUGGAAGAUGCAAGUGUAAAACUAAUCAUGUAAUGCAGAUGGAUGUAUGCAAAAUUUGUAAUCUCACUUUUAUAACAGACAUUUCCUUCUUGUAGCACUGCUUUGCCUAGUUUCCAUAUACAUGUAAAUAUUUAAAGAUACCAUAUUUAUAUACUGUUCCUAUCUCUUGUUAUAUUCAUAGAUUUAUUUGAUAUAUAUAUAUAUACAUGAUUUUAGCCUUCUAAAUAUAAUUUCUUGCAAGACAAACAGUGUGGCUUCUGAUACUUUUUUAUAAAUAAGCAAUAGUGUUUGUUUCCCAUUUUUCGUACACAUUUAUACUUGCUUUAUAUUUAAUACGAUUUUAACUUAGUCUUUGAUUUUGAUUUAUCAGUUCAUUAAACUUUUUUU